AUGGAUCAUAGCCCCCCCGAUAUGGACCAUGACCAUAAUGACGUGUCUGAUGCAAGUUCCAAGUCUUUGUCGGCCUCUGAUCAAGACGUCACCGCCCAGCGCGAUGGAGCUGUCGCGCUGAGGAAAAGGCCCCUGGAGACGACCUCGGAUGAGGAGACGGAAGACACCAACCUCGAUCGCAAACCUGCCACGCACGAAUCGACGUCGAGAAAUCCGCCACGGUCACAACCCGCCGACGAUGCCACAGAAACGCCAAAUAACACAAGUACAAGUACGGGAAAUACUGCUAGUGAGAACACCGCGGCGACUUUACAACAAAAUGGAGAGCCGGAAGGGGCAGAGAGCACUAAUGAACCCGGGAACUCAGUGAAUGGGACCACUGCAGCUUCUUAUAGCAUCAUCAGCAACCCUCCAAACCUAGCCAGGAUACGACAGGUCAUGUUCGAGUGCAAGGAGCCGAUUGAGAUCAGUCUGGAAGAAUUUGAGACCUACUGGCCGUUCAUCGACAAUGUGUGGGUCAAACAGAGAUCCAACUCCAGCAAAGAGGGCCACUGUACCACCGACUAUUACAUGUGCCGGCUUCGACGCCCGACGCACCGCACUUCGGAGACGCGGCCCCUACCGGAGGGGAAACGUCCACGGAAGAAGAGAGUGCGCGAGGGUGGACUGUGCAAUUUUCAGAUCAAAGUCGUUCGGUUUGAGGGGGCAUAUUCGACGGUUACUAUAUCGAGGACUCCCGGGAGCAGCCAGGUGCACGCGCACGAUCUUGACUACAUUGACAAGGUGAAACGAAAUUCCGGGCUGAUGGAGUUUGCGCGCAAGGAAGCUGUGAAGGGCUAUUUGCCGUCGUCCAUCUACACGAAGUUCCGGGAAGAACCAGAAAAGCUUGCCGAAGCGGGAGGGAAAUUUUGCACAGUUACUGACGUUCGGAACGUUUCAGCAAAAUGGAGGAUACAGAACCCGGAGGUGAAGCUCGUCCCACAUGAAGGUUACGAGUACCAAAAAGGCCAUGGCAUCGUGAGGAGAACGAGCCCCGAGAGCCAUCCUCAAUCCCCUGCGAAGGCGGGAUUGCCCAAGGUCAACCACACGUUCCCUUUACCACCAGACACGCUAUCGUUUCCUCAGUUUCCGUUGGAUUUUCUGGAACCGUACCUCCCCAAGUACGAUGAAAGACGGCAAUUCCCCCACGUCACGCUGUCCUAUGCAUCUUCCAUGGACUCCAAGAUCUCUCUGCUUCCAGGCAUGCAGACAGUGCUUUCAGGGCCAGAGGCAAAACUAAUGACACAUUAUCUACGAUCGCGCCACGACGCGAUUCUGAUCGGGGUGGGAACAGUCCUGGCCGAUAACCCGGGUCUCAACUGUAGACUUGAGGGCGCAGGAGGCUUUGGGGGCCUUGGAAGGAUGUGGCAACCCCGGCCUGUGGUCAUCGAUCCCACCGGAAGGUGGCCAGUCCAUCCGGAAUGCAGGAUGCUACGGACGGCUGUUGAAGGCAAAGGCAAAGCGCCGUGGGUUGUCGUGUCGCCGGGCGCUCAGAUCGACCCGCAGAAGCUGAUGAUGUUGAAAGGAUAUGGCGGCGACUUUCUCCGCAUCGUCGAAUACAACCAGAACUGGCGCUUGCGGUGGGAAGGCAUCCUCCGUGCACUAGCCUCCGAGGGAAUCAAAAGCGUGAUGAUCGAGGGAGGGGGCACUGUCUUGAGCGAACUGUUAAACCCCGAAUAUACCGAAUUCAUCGAUACCAUCAUCGUGACCGUCGCCCCAACCUAUCUGGGCAGUGGCGGCGUGGGAGUUAGUCCCAAUUCCAAGCGCGAUGAACAAGGGAAACCGAACGCCGCCCUCAAUCCGCGGGAAACGUCCGCAAUCGAGGAUUAUAAUUGA